CAUGCUCAAAUUUUAGUGUGUAACGAUUUUCUCAGCUACCAAACACUGUCUUCGAAUAAAAAAAACAUAGGGCAGCAUUGACUUGACCACAAAGAGCUGUACACCCCAUUUUCUUCCAUUCUUUUUCUUCAACUCUUCUCCUUCUUCGCAGUUUCCUUAAAACCAAAUUUCACCAUAAAAAGACUCCUACUUUAUUGACCUCUAACACUAUAUAUUACUAUUACUGAAGUGUUCAAGUAUGAAAUUAUAUAUAGUUGUCAUUUGUAGGUGACUUGAUGGAGGAUAGCAAGCAAGUAAGAAACGGGAAGAAAUAGACCAACAAAAAUGGGAGCAGAGGAGCCUGAAGAGAACAUCACUUACAUGGAUGCUUCGCUGUAUAAGGCAGCAACAGAAUGCAACAUUGAAGAAUUCAAUAAUAAGCAGGGGCUUCAACUUGAGUCGCUAAAGACCCCAAACCAAGACAACGUGCUCCAUGUUAACUUGGCAACUGAGGAGGAUGUUGCCUUGCUUUUUAAAAGAUUUCUCUCAAUAAUCAAAUUCUUCCCUGUACCAUAUGACUCAUUCUAUCUGUCUUCGGCUAUUUCCAUUCCUACGAUAAAAAGAGAAAAGAGAUCAGAUUUUAUCGAACAAAUUCUCAACAAGUGUCCGUCACUGCUACUCCAAACGAAUGCUAAAGGUCAAACUCCUUUGCACGUUGCAGCAAGGAAUGGACAUUCUGCUAUUGUGAAACUUCUAAUCAAGUCUUGUGCAAAAGCUAGAGAUGGAGAUUUAGCGGAGCUGGGAAUGGAUAAAGUAAAUGCAGUGAGGGAGAUGCUGAGGAUUAGGGAUCAGGAAUCCAACACGGCUUUACACGAAGCAGCAGGGUGUGGCACUUUUGAAGUGGUGAAAGCAUUGUUGGAGUUUGAAGACUCUGAUUUUCAAUAUUCUGCCAACAAAAAACAGGAGACUCCACUAUACAUAGCAGCUAGGAGAGGAAACAGGGGCGUGCUGAGUAUACUAUUAGAUAAAUCGACAUCAACAGCUCAUGGCGGCCCCCGCGGUAGAACAGUUUUGCAUGCAGCAGCUAUGGCUAAAGAUGCAGAGGCAAUAAGGGUAAUAUUAGAGAAGAAGGGGAAUUUGACAAGGGAAAGAGAUAAAGAUGGGCACACCCCUCUUCAUUAUGCUGCGCACAUAGGUGGUAGAAUAUCAGUUGUGGAAGAACUGUUAAAAAGGGAUGUAUCAGCUGCCUAUAUAGGUGAUAAAAAGAGAGGGAUGACACCCCUUCUUAUGGCAGCCAGGCAAGGUAAUGUUGGAACAGUUUUAAAGAUUCUCUCUUUAUGUCCAGAUUGUUGUGAAAAAGUGGACAACAAAGGUUUGAAUUUACUUCAUUAUCUGGCUUUUAGAGACCCUUCCUCUCCAUUAAGGCUUUCUCUUCUCAAUCGUGGUAUUAAGAUUGUAUAUGGAUCACUCAAAAAUCUAAUGGAGUUGGAAGGUGCCUUUGGAAUCACACCUCAAGAAGUUUAUAAUGCACUUCAAUCCGAAAACAGUUCCAGGAAUGAUCAUCAUAAACAGAAGCAAAUCAAAGAAUUGUUGGAAGAAAUGGAGAAUGAUCAAGUGGCGGAGGAACCAGUUCGUCAGUUUGGCUCACGUAAUGUUUCUACAGAAAGCUUGGAGAACACAAGAAACGCUCAUUUAAUAGUGGCAGCACUAAUAGCCACCAUCGCAUUCGCAGCAGCAAUAACUAUUCCUGGUGGUUUGGAGAGUGGAAAAGGGUCAGAGCAAGGCACUCCCCUUUUGAUUGAUGAGGCAGCCUUUAAAGCAUUUAUUGUAACAAAUGCAAUGGCCUUUAUUUUCUCUGUUUCUGCCCUCACCACCCACUUCGGCGUUCUGGAUAAUCUAUUAUCACGAUUUAGCUUUUGGCGUCGAAUAGUUUUAUAUCGGACUCGGUCUGUUUCUGUGCUCCUUGGCUAUGCAACGGUUGCAAUGGUGAUUGCUUUCAGCACGGGCAGUUAUGUGGUCUUAAAACCUUCCCACGGACUUGCCAUUGUUUCAUAUCUCAUCUGCCCUGCCUUUUUUCUCUGUAUGUGGCUAAUUUUGAAUGCGCCAUUGUUUCAUUAUCUCAUUUGGCCUGAAUAUAAAAGCAUCUUUUAAAUAGAAAAAAUUGAAAAUACCUUUUUAAGAAGAAAAUUUUGGCCUGCCUACGAAGAUAUUUUUUUAAAAUACAAUAUAAACGCAUGUUGAUUGAAGAAAAAACUCGUGGAAAGUAAUGUUAUUAUCACCAAUAGUGAAAAGGAAUGGGAUGUCGAGGGCUCGAGGCACUGUCUGUUGCGGAAGAGGUGAUGACUCUUACAACUGUAACACCCAAUGGAAUUGAUUAUGAGAACGACUAGAUUGUUGAUUCGGGCUACUCAAAUCACAUUACUGGUGAUAAGAAAAAGUUAUAGAAUCUAACGUCAGUUUGGCAUGGGGAAAGUUGGUGUGGAGGGGAAGUGUUGAAUAUCAACACCAACUUAUAGUGUUGAAUUCCACAUCAUUUUGGUAAAAAAAAAAGGGAUUGUGAGUUUAUAUAAAAACACUAUAGUAACUCCCUUACUAGCAAAAGAUUUCCGAUAAUAUCUUAGAAACCCAAAACGUUGAGCUUGACUCCUUAAAGAAGUGGUGAUCAAGUGGCGGUGGAACCAGUUCUUCCCAUUCGCUUGUUGUUGAAGUUGGCAUGCAUGCAGCAGAUAAAGCAACCAAGGAGCAGACCGUGAAACAUAAGUUAUGCGGAUGAAGUAUGAAGAAGCAGAUCAAGCUGCUGUAGUAUUUCCGGAUGAAGCACAUACAGCUACUAUAGUUGAUGCUACUGUUCAAUUUCAGUUUCAUUUUGUUACUUUUGUAAUAUUUUGUAACUUAGUUAAAUUAAAACUAAGUAGAUAGUGUAUUUAAUGCAUUCGGUGCUUAUAAGAUUGAUAUAUCAGUUUAUCUAA